AUGGGGGACUUCUCUAGUUCCAAUGAUUUACCAAAAGAUUUAAUGAUGGAAAUCCUUUUAAACUUGCCAGUGAAAUCUUUGUUGCGAUUCAAAUCGGUUUGCAAAUCAUGGUACGCUCUCAUUAACAGUAACAAGUUCAUAACCAUGCACUUGGAUCGCAGCCGCCGCAACAAUAAGGAAAGCAUCCUUAUCAAGCGCUUUAACAGCGAAUCAUCACAAUCAAAAGCUUCCCUCUCAAUGAUCUCUCAUAACGAUUCUUCUUGUAGUGGUGUUGAUGUAUAUCUAGGAAUCCUUGGCAAUUCCUCGGUGUAUGAUUUAGAACUUUCAGCCAACUGUGAUGGCAUUAUCUUUUACUCCAACUAUAGUCAAGGUUAUAGCGUUCUAUGUAAUUUGGCUACCAGGGAGACAAUUCUUGUACCAGAUACUAGUUCCGGUAACGAUUCAUCAUAUUUAUAUUCGGUUGCAUUUGGCUAUGAUCUAAAAAAUCAUCGGUACAAGGCCGUAAGGAUUACCAAGUCACGAAGAGACAAUGAUAGGAGAACUUCUAUGGUCAGGAUGUCAUACAAUGUGGAAGUCUACACUUUGGGAACUUAUUCUUGGAGACAAGUAAAUAAUGGUAAGUUGAAUAGCUUGAAUUCCAGACAAAUUAGUGCUCCUCAUGGAAGUUUUUACUUCAACGGAGCAAUCCAUUGGAAAGGUUUUCCUGAAAGACCUGAUAGUAAUGAUAUUGUCAUCAUCGUGUUCAACUUGAGUGAUGAAGAGUUCGAUAUAAUACCACUCCCAGAUGAUGUCAAGCCUUUCAUGCAUUUUCUGGUAUGGGAUAGGAGCUUUGCUGUAAGUCAUGUAACUCAUAGAAACCAUUCGUUAUUAGAUAUAUUUGCUAUGAAGGAAUAUGGUGUGAAGGAGUCUUGGACCAAGGUAUUUGCUAUUGAAAUUGGACAUUUUAUAUUUGUGAGGCCUUUAGCAGUUUGGAAAAAUAAUGAGAUUGUCUUCGAAAUUAUGGACGACAAAGAUAGGAUUAAUUUUCAAUUGGUGACCUACAAUCUUAAAAGGCAAGAAUUUAAGAAGCUUCAAAUUCUUGGACCUCUACUUUUUAAAGCUUAUGUCUACAUGGAAAGCCUUGUGCCAAUCAAAUCGAGAGGGGAAUCAAUUGCUUGA